UAUUUGCUCUUUCUGCAUCAUGUGAUUGACAACCUCUUCAGCUGAGUUCCUCAGUCUGCACCACAUGUCCAUGAACCUCUCUGAAGUCUUCCGUUACAGGAGGUGCUUAUGAGGCUGUAGGUAGAUAUAUCGGUGUUUGUGCAAGUUCCUGUCUACAGUUUCCUCCUGUCAGGCACACAAAGUGCUACUUGGCUAGAAAGAUAAAACUAGAGGACCCAACACACCGAGGCAGCUCAUAUAAAUCAACAAGAUCAAAGACUCAAGGGCCAUCUCACCAGGCCUGCAAGCAAUUCUUUCACCAUGGUUGACAAUAUUGUCACUAAGGCUGUCGGGUUAGUUUUGAUCACCACAGCUCACAUGAUUUCCAACGGCUCCAGCCAAGCAGGGGUCACCGGGACCCUCGGCAGCAACAUCACCCUUCAAUUUCGAUUCAAUGACACUGUCCUUCAUCGUAACAGUCACUUUGCAGUUUAUGUAAAAGGCGAGAGAAAGAUUUAUGAGCGUAAAAAGGCCAAAGCUUGCCCAGGAGGAUGUUUUCUUAACAUUGACCUUAACAAUGCCUCUGUUGAGUACCACAUUACAAAUCUAAGAUUAAAUCACAGUGAUCUUUACUGGGUCAGUUUGUUCGACUCAGUACCUCCCAUUGACAGUAAUAAGGUGCAGCUGAUCGUCAAAGAGGAGAACAGAAGCAGCACAGUUCCUCCGUUGCCGACUAACAUCACAAUAAUCGAAGACAGUGGAAGUUCCAGUUUCUUUUCCUUUCACAACGUCAUUGUCCUUGUGGUUUUACCUGUAGUGCUGCUGGCUGCAGCACUUCCCUUGUUGAUCUGGUGUCUCGUGAUUACCAAAGAACAACAACAACCACAGCAACAAAACUCUAAUCCCACAGUACAGGAAACAAGUUUGGAAUCCAACAGGGUACCUCCACCCUCACUGGUUUACAGCAUCCUGGACUUUCCUAAAAGACCUUCUCCAAUUUUGGGGAUUAAUCCAAAUGACACAGAAUACGCAGCCGUCAACUAUCUCCCAGAAAACAGAGUGUGACACACAGCUGAAUGUAAACCGACUAAUCUGUCUUGGUUUGAGUAAAGGUUUUCCAGAUGACUUAUAUACUGACUAUAUAAACUAAAAAUAUAUUUCUCGGAGGUGAUGAAUGCCGUUUUUGUAAUAGAGUCAUGAACCCUCCAGGAUGUGAGCUUCCUGCAAUAAAUUACAAACAAUGCAGUUUUGACUUGAUGGGUCAUAAUUAUGUAGGUCUCGCUUUGUUUUUGGUGGUCGCAAGAUUGAAUGUUGACAGUUGCCAGUGGCAAACCACAAGCCACCAUAUAAACUGUUGCAGUAACAAACCAACUUUGCUUUAUUUGUUUCAGGGGAAUUUUGUAAUUGUUAACAAAUGCCCUAAAGACACUGAAAGCACCAAUGAACUGAUCUUACUAACAUCCUACUAACAAAUGUCCCACGUAACUAAAGUCUAUAGAGCCUCCACUGUAAUCUGGUCAAACAGAUUAAAUUUCGUGUUCCUGGGGAAAUAUUCUGAGAAUGUUUUUUGUUGAUGAUAACAAAAACGUUGAAAACUGCCAACCUUAUCUUUUAAAGUAGCUAUUUGUAAGUUUUGCCAUUGCUACAUAGCAGCUGUUUACUUGCCAGUCUUGCUAAGAGCUUCAACCAUUGAUGCAUUUACAAUACAGGAGGUUAUAAUGUGCCGUCUGAGUGGCGGUACUUCUUCAGGGCAGCCUGGAUGCUACAAUGACUUCUAAUUGGAAGUUGAUGACAGGUGCCGGCAGGGCAGGAGCUAUCUGGUUAGCUUGCUUGCUGACUAGCUUGAUAAUUUAAGUAGAAGAAAAUAAGUGAUAGUAAUAGAAGCAAAACAAGGAGGUUGCUUUCCAAUGCUAGAGACAGCUCUUGGUGAGUACAGGAUUGAAGUAUGAUGCUGAACUUACAAUAUUUCUUCUAGACUGGUAAGUGAACAGCUGGUAAUGCUAACGUUGGCUAUGUAUCAAUAACAAAACUUAGCAAUAGCUCCUUUAAGUCACAUUACAGUACCCAUAGAUAAUACUGUCACCAUGUGUGUAACUACACUUCUAAGGCUGUGGAGGGAAAAAUCAGUCAGUUUUUGCCUCAACCUUCUUCCUGAGAUUAAAUUUGGACCCAAGUGUUUAACUUCACAGUAGUGACAUAUCUGAAGUGAUUUGAUUGUUGUUUUUUGUUUUGUUUUUUUUAAGAGAGGAAGUGUGAUAUCUUUAGUAUUUUGCAUAUCCUCUGUCAAUAUUUCGUUUUUUUGUCAUUCCAUUCAUCACAGUUUUGAACUUUUGACUCAUCAACCUUCCUCUGUUUAUGGCUUUUAAAAUAAACAAAGCCAAGAAUAACCAGUGAAAUGAAACAGGGACAUGGUGAAAUCUUAUUUGUAGAUAAAGAUCUGUUACCAGCUCAACAGUACUGUAUCAAAGAAUACAGAUGUGAUCUUUCCAUCUACUGACAGUUUUUUCACACUCAGUAUUACACAUACAACAUCUGACACUAUCUCACUACCAUUUUCCAUUGCAUGGCAUCUGAAGUUCUCUUUUAACUGAGUGAUGUUUUAAUAGAUUUGUCAGACAAAUUAUUGAUUUAGUUCUCAUACCAUGUAUUUUUAUGUGUUACAAAUGUAUUAUGUAGAAUAAAACUCACCCAACAUAUGUACAUGAUAGUGACAGGCAUCUCGCAUGUUGGUUGUUACUCAGGAAGGAAAAUAACUGACUAAGCCAGUAAAUAAUGACAGUGGUGUUAAGAUCGAUGGUCACAUGGCAUGCAACCAAACACAGACUGAAGGUUCAUCUCUGUUCUGAAAACCUUGGUGGUGAAAUAGCAAAAGUAAAUUUUGAAAGCUACAAAGUUUAUUGUCCCAACAGGUGUUAUUAUUUCACAUAUUACUGAACAGUUUCUUCCUGAAAAGCACACAGUAUUUAGUGAGUGAAUGUCAAAAUAAGAAACUUUUGUGUGUGUAAAUAAUGUUGUGUUCAUAAUUGUCGGUUCUAUGAGUCUCAUGUACUGUAAGUAACAGCAGAGCAUGUUCGAGGCACUAUAUGAAAUGAGAUCAAAUGCAAUGUGCAUGGUUCACAUUGUGUUUUAGUUGUAAAAAAAAAAAAGAAGUAUUCUUGUACUUGUUAAGCUUGUGCCCUGAAUAAAAUAGCUGCUGAUUCCACUUUGUACACUA